AUGAUUAAGGACACAAAUACGGAAACCAUGCCUGGCUGGAGGCGCCUCAAUGUCGGAGUUAUUGGCGGCGGCAUCGGUGGCAUGUCAACAGCAAUUGCCCUUCGACGCGCUGGCCAUGAUGUAACCAUCUACGAGAGGUCAGACUUUGCCGGUGAAGUCGGUGCUUCGGUCUCUUGCGCAGCCAACGGAACUCGAUGGCUGCACGAGUGGGAUGUUGAUGUUUCCAAGGGUGACCCUGUCGUCCUGAAGAAGCUCAUCAACCGUGACUGGAAGACCGGCGAGCCUGUCAGCGUCUACGAUCUUGAUGACUACGAACAGCGGUGGGGCUAUGUGUACAACAUGUUUCAUCGACAAUACAUGCAUGCCAUGCUCAAGGAUACUGCUAUGGGAGAAGGACAAGGCCAACCUGCAACUCUCAAGGUCAAGCAUCGUUGCUCUUCAAUCGAUAUCCCUUCUGGCACAAUCACCUUUGAGAAUGGAGUUACUGCCAAGCACGACCUGAUCAUCGGCGCUGAUGGUAUCGGCUCGGCAGUCCGAGGCAUCUUGGGCGUCCACCCUGAGAAGAAGCCCGCUGAUUCCAGCUGCCUGCACUGCAACGUCAUGACUGAGGAUGCUGUCAAGGCUGGUCUUGUCGACUAUUCUCAGGACAGCGCUCUCGAGUACUGGGGUGGUCAAGAAGGAAAGUGGGACAAGAUCGUGCUGUCGCCCUGCAACGGUGGCAAGCUACUGUCCUACUACUGCUUCUUCCCCAGGGAACAAGGCGACUACACAACCCAGGCCUGGGGAGCAGAGGAUCGACCAGUUGAGGAGCUCCUAAAGCCAUACCCCAACCUCGACCCUCAAGUUGUCAAGCAUCUUGCUAUCGGCAAGGAAAUCCAGCCUUGGAGACUCUGGGUCCACAAGCCCUAUCCUUACAUCCACAAGGGCAAUGUUUGUCUGCUUGGUGAUGCUGGACACCCGAUGAUGCCACAUCAAAGCCAAGGUGCCUGUAUGGCUAUUGAGGAUGCUGCCGCCCUGGGUAUUCUGUUCAACAAGCGCUACUUUAACGGCGACGUUUCUCAGGCUCUUGCUGUUUAUGAAGAGGUUCGUCUGCCUCGAGCUACUCGAGUUCAGGCAGCUGCUGCAAAGGCCGCCUACAACAUCAACGAGCGAAUCGGCUUCUCCGUAAACAAGGAUUGCCCUACUUACAAGGUAGAGAACCAGAAGGAGGUGUUGACUAUUGAGGAGAUGAAUGCGUAUGACAUGUACAAGGAUGUUGAGGAGAAGUUGGCCAAGAAGCGAGGCGAAAAGUAUCUGGGCAAGUUCCUAUGCGGCCUCCCUCUUGGAAUGGAGCUUCCGAAUGGUGUUGUUAUUGGUUCCUAG